AUGGGGUGGUUUCGGAAGAAGCCUAAGUCGGAGGAUCACCUUGCUAUUGCCAAGAGAAAGCCGCGCUUGCGAAAAAGGCCAUACAAGAGGCGGAAGCACAGAUCAAAGGCGCGGUGGCGGAAAGGCCAAGUUCCCCUGCUGAUGCCAUUCUGGAGAAACUACCCUCCCAAGUGCAACACUGCUUCCUUAUCAGGGAAGUACGCGGGUGACAAAGCAUCACAAACGGCCGAAGCUGCCAUGAACGUAGUUGGAACUGCGCAGGAAAUGGAAGAAGUUGGUGCACGUGCUGUGCACAACAAAGCAGUAUCUACUGAGAUGAGUGAAAAGGAAGUUGCUGAGGAAAUCCACGACAGAGCAGCCGAAGCUCUUGAAUCAGCCAAGGAUAAAACAUGCGAGAAAGUUGGGGUAGCGGGAGACACAAUCCACGAUGCAACUGGAUAUGUAAAGGAAAAACUGCGUGAGAUUGUUGUAGGCGCCGUGCACGAAGUGUAUGAUGUCGGUCAGGCAGCGAAAGAGAGAACCUCCGGCGUUGCGGAGUAUGCCAAGGACAAGGUGUAUAAAGGCGUUCAAGGCGUGCACAAAACUCGGGAUGCUGUGUUUGGCAGCGUUCUCUCUGGAGUGGACAAGACAACGAACACCGCAACUGAUGCAGCCGAGAAGGUGAAAAUCACUGCAGAGCAUGCCGCUCAAGAGGUAAGGGAGGCUGGCCGUGGCAUCUAG